AUGUCAGACCUUGAACAACCACUCCAGAAACUUAGAAUUGAUGUCUCUGCAUUUCCAAAAUUGAGUGCCGAAGAAGCUGCUCUUGCUUCACAAUGGACUACUUUGGCUUUGAGACUUCCUGAAAAUCUUGCAAAGUUGAACGAGUUCUUGAAAACUAGAACAUACAUUGUUGGUAACUCUCCAUCUGAAGCAGAUGUUGAUGUUUUCUCUCAAACCGAGUCUAUGCUGAGAAGCUGGAGCUCGAUCGAAGACUUGAGUCGUUAUAGACAUAUAAUUAGAUGGGCAGAUCUUGUUCAGCACACUCUCCUAGAGCCCAAAACCCCAUUCACUGUUAACUACUCUGCUGAAGUACCAAGGGAGAUCAAGGCUAAACCAGAGAAGAAAAAGGAGCAACCAAAGGGGGAUGCAGAGUUACAGAAACCCCAAAAAUCCAAGGCUCAAGAUAAGCCUGAAGGCAAACCAACUGGCCCUCCUCAAGAUGAAGCCGCUCGUAAGGCCGCUAAAGAAGCCAAGGAAGCAAAGAAGGCUGCAAAAGCUAAGGCCAGGGCGGAACUCGAAGCCAAAGCCAAUGCUUCGCAAGUUCCUCCCAACCCAUCUAUGGUCGACUUUCGUGUUGGAUUCAUCCAGAAAGCUGUAAAGCACCCAGACGCUGAUUCAUUGUAUGUGUCAACAAUUGACAUGGGUGAUCCGGAAGGCCCAAGAACUGUAUGUUCUGGACUAGUGAAAUAUGUUCCUAUUGAGGAUAUGCAACAACGUUAUGUUGUGGUCAUUGCCAAUCUUAAACCAGUUAACAUGAGAGGAAUCAAGUCCUCCGCUAUGGUUUUGUGUGCCUCCAAAAAGGAAAUAGACCGUGUUGAAUUCGUAAAUCCACCCGAGGGGGCCGCUGCUGGUGACAAGAUUUUCUUCGAAGGUUUCGACGGUACUCCCGAGAAACAGCUGAAUCCAAAGAAGAAGAUCUUUGAGACUGUUCAACCUCGUUUCACAACGAACGAGGCUUUUGAAGUUCUUUACCAGGAGGAAGGAAAACCAGCUGCUAAACUGGUACACUCUUCCGGAGCUUUAUGCCAUGCCAGUACGCUUGUUGGUGCUCAAGUGAGUUAA